AUGGCCAAUAUUAAUGCAAGAAAUAUAAAAUGUGCACAAGACCAGCCAGUGUAUAAUUCUAGUUUAACUGAUGCUAAUGAUGAUUAUGAUGCCAUAAAUCCUCCAGAUUUGAUCACUGCUCUUUUCCACUGCUCAGAUCCUUUCCUCCAGCAGGAAAUGGUCUCCAAAAUGUCCAUGUGCCAGUUUGCUGUUCCUUUGCUGCUGCCAAACUGUGACACACAGCAGAGCACUCUGAUGCUGUGGGCCAUGAGAGACCUGGUUAAAAAGUUCAGACCUCACUCUCUAGCAGGUAACAGGACAUUUGUAGAGGGCAGGAUUGUAGAAAUGGAUAUCCCCAUGGUGUCUUUUGUUAGACUAGGAGAGAGCAGUCUGCCCAAAUCUCAAACUCUGAACAAGUUGCUCAGUAAUCCUCAUCAACACAAUAAUGCAUUUGUUCACCGUGACAUGAAGUGUGGUAAUGUGCCCAGGAGAAUAUCAGAUGGUCUGGUUGAAGUCAGCUGGUAUCUACCCUGUGGGAGCAAAAACAUUGACAUGUUCCCACAGCCAGUGGCCAUAGCCAAUCUGAGAGGAGAUGGCAGGAUGUUUAAGACCCAGAUGUCCUUCCUGUAUCAGACCUCAGCUGCAGUUUUCAUCUUCAGUGAUGAUCUAGAGGGAGACCCUAGCACUCUGAACAGAGAGAGCAGAGCUGAGCUGUUCCUGGUCACCAACUCUCAGAGUAACACCUUCAACAUGGAGACACUCAGGGAUAUAUGCAGACAACACAAGGUGAAGGAGAAUAAUGUGAUCAUCAAGAAAAAGCAGAAUGAUGCAAAAUUUGUGGAGGCCCUGCGUCUCAGAGUGAGUGGUGCCAUUGGAAAAGAUCCACAUACAAUGAAAGUGGAAGACAUGGUUGCUGUUGCUCAAAGUGUUGAUAUUGUUGUUGAUGAAGACUGGGAGAAGUGUAAUAAUGGUAGACAUCAUGCUACGAGCAUCACUGAAAAUAUUAACGAUAUCUCAGAGUUCAAGAAGGACCAGCUGCCUUUGCAAGGAAACAUCUGGAAGGAAAUCAGUGUGUUAGAGAAAGAGAUGUGUAGACUGAGAAAGGCUGACAGAAACCAGAGCAUAGAGCACUACAAGAGUUCACUGAAUGAACAACAUAAGGAACUGAGAGAACGGCAGAAUCAGUUGCAUAUGUCUGACGCUAUGAACAAAUUCACAGCUGGAAUCUCACAGCCAGAAAUGGAGCGUCUCUACUUCCUGAAGUGGCUGAAGAUUCAGCUGAGCACCCUCUCUAGACAUAACCUGUCCACACUGAGAGAGCAGUACAAAGACUGCUGUAGAAAUACACCACAGGAUAAGGAGCUGAUUGCAGACUUGGAUGAGCAAAUCUCCAACUGCUCGUUGGGUCCUGAGCAUUUCUUCCGUGAGCUGGGCCAGAUUUAUGAGUGUGCUUGCUCCCUUCCAGAAAACAACCCAGCCCGACAACAAGUCCAGCACUUACCUGCUCUGUGUGCUCAGAUGCUGCUCGAUGGGUUUCCAGUUGAGCUGGUCGAUGGAGACGCAGCUAACAUCCCAAUGAAGUGGAUAAAAGAGGUCCUGACUCAGCUACAUCAGCUGGUGGACAGCAAGAGUAAGAUCCUGGUGUUGACUGUGCUGGGAGUGCAAAGCACUGGGAAGUCCACCCUUCUCAACACCAUGUUUGGAGUGCAGUUUGCAGUCAGCAGUGGAAGAUGCACCAGAGGAGCCUUCAUGCUGCUGAUUAAAGUCUCUGAGGAACUCAGAUCUGAGCUCAAGUGUGACUUCAUCAUGGUCAUUGACACAGAGGGCUUCAAAUCACCUGAGCUGCUGGCAUUUGACACAAGCUACGAACAUGAGAACGAAUUAGCAACGCUGGUCAUAGGGCUCAGUGACAUCACUCUCAUCAAUAUUGCCAUGGAGAACAACACAGAGAUGAAGGACAUUCUGCAGAUUGUGGUCCAUGCCUUCCUCAGGAUGAAGGAGGUUGGGAAGAAGCCCAGAUGUCUGUUUGUGCAUCAGAACGUGUCAGACAUGUUUGCCUAUGACAGCAACAUGAGAGACCGGAAGAAGCUGGUGGAACAGUUGGAUGAGAUGACCCGAACAGCAGCUAAAAUGGAGAAGAAAGUAGCUUAUGCAAAGUUCACAGAUGUGAUGGACUACGAUCCUGACAAAGACAGCUACUACAUCCCUGGACUUUGGCAUGGAACUCCCCCAAUGGCCCCAGUGAAUGCUGGCUACACUGAAGCUGUCUAUGAUCUCAAGAAGAGGUUAAUUGGCUCCUCAGAAACAUAUGAUAUCGGGAACAAUAAUGCACCUGAGUUCCUCAAGUGGACUCAGGGUUUGUGGAAUGCUGUGAAAGUUGAGAACUUCAUCUUUCAUUUCAGGAACAGUUUAGUGGCAGAUGCAUACACAGAUGACACUUGUAAUGCUCAGAUGAACAGUAGUCAAGAUAAGAGGGUAAAUGAUGGAUACCCAUGA